AUGAAAGACGAUACAGCACAGUCGCCGCCUCCAGUCACCGCAGCUGGCCUCCCAGCUGGCUUUGGUGCCUUAGGCGAAGCAUUUACAGCCUCCCCAGCAGCAGCAGCAAAUGGGUGCUUGACCCUCGGGGUUACUGCAGCAGCAGCAGGCCACGCUGCUGCCUCAUCCACCCUCUGGCUAGUGGAUUCUGACGGACAGAACUGCCUUUCAGGAGGACCGUGGUCAGCCCAAGUCAACGCAACAGCGGCACAGCAGCAGCAGCCAGCGGAACUGCAGCAGCUAGAAUACCUGAAGCAACGGCGGCAGCAGCAGCUGCUUCUCCUGCAGCAGCAACAAGCACAGCAGCAACACAUACACGAACAACAGCUUCGGCAACAGCUUCUGCUACAGCAGCACCAACAACCCGUCAAUCCUCAAGUUCUGCAGCAUCAUCUGCAGCUGCAGCAGGCGCAGCAGCAGCAACAACAGCUUCAGCAGCAGCAACUGCAGCAUAUAAUAAGUCAGCAGCUCCUCCAAGACCAGCAAAGUCAAAGAGAAGCGGAGGAACAGCUAGCAAGACAGUUGCUGCAGCAGCAGGAAUUACUAAAGCAGCAGGGGCUGCUGCAGCAGCAGAAGCUGCUGCAGCAACAAGGCCUUCUCCAACAUGAAUUGAUACAACGUCAGGAGCUCCAGCAGCACCAGGAGCUUCAGCGUCAGGAGCUGCAGCAGCGGCGGCAGCAAGAGCUUCAGGAAGAAUUGCUGCAACAUGUUGCACAGGAGCAAGUUGCUGCUCCGGUGAGUCCGGAACAGAUUUCUUCCCUGCAGGACCAGGGAAAAGAGCAGCAGCAGCUUCUGGCUAUGCUUCAAGACGAUCAGCGGGAGCAAGAGCAGCAAGAGGAGGCCCAUCCGGCAGCGGCGGUCAGUGCGUCUUCUGCCCCCAAGCAGCAAGAGUCCAAUCCCAGCAGCACAGGUAGCCCCCCUUCUUCAGGUGGGCUUCCAGCAUCAGCUGCAUCUGAGUCUGCAGCUUCAGACUACCUUAGCAGCAACAAAAUUGAGGGUGAGGCCGGCCCUAGUCCGCCUUCUUUGCACUCUUUGCCGGGCGCUCCGGCGCCUGAAGUGGAUGCAGCCCAAGAGCUUCCAUCAGCAACAGCAGGAACAGCAGCCGUUUCGUCAGCAUCCGAAGCAGCAGCAGAUCCAGAGGAGGGUUUCUCUCCCGCCCUUCCCUCGAAAGUACCCCGUGGCGUGUGGUUCAACCGCUCUACAGGCUGCUGGCUGGCGUGCGUUUCUGGCGUAGGCAAGAGGCUGCAUGUGUUCAGCUCUAAGCGCUACGGGCACGAGAGAGCCUUCCAAAUGGCUGUUAACUGCAAGGAAGCAGACAAGGCCCAAGCAGCAGGAGGGGGAGGGGGGACCGCAGAAGGGGCUUCAGGUGGCCCUGGGGUUCCCCCCCAAGAUGUGUUUACUGCACCUACACCGAAGGGUCAAACCGCCGCCGCCUCGCCAGCUGCGGCGGGGGGCAGCAGAAGAAACAGAAAUGCUGCUGCUAGGAGGCAGCAGCAGCAGCAACAGCAGCCUCAUGUUAGGGCAUUCUCCCCAGGUGGCAGCUCAAGAGGACCAGAUAUGUAUGUCACGACAAUGCGGCAAGGUGAAGGUGAUGAUGAUGAAGCUAUGGACUCCGCCACAGACACUCGAACGGAUGAAGGCUCCCACGCAGCAGGACUUAUCGAACGAUCGAAGAGACGUCGGGUCCUUUCUUGGCGGGGGGCGGAGGCAGCGGCAAGUGGCCUUUACUCUAGCUUGGGUGGUCCUGAGGAGGGAGGCUCCCAGAGAGGCAAUGGAGCCCUGUGCAGUAGCAAUAGUAGCAGCAACACUGGCAGUAUGAGGCCUGCGACACGCACAAGCAGUGGAGGGACAUAUGAAAGGCACAGAACAGAAUCUCUUCUUGACGGGGUGCCGAAAGGGGUUUGGUUCAACUCUCACACCAAGUCGUGGACCUGUACCACGGCGGGUCCCAAGCGGCAGCUUCUUGUCUUCUCUUCAAACCGCUUUGGUUUCGCUGAGGCCCGCAGAAUGGCCAUAUCUGCGAGGCUUGCGUCUCUCAAAUUAGAGGGCCUCCCAGUGCCUCACUGCCCUCUUUUGUACGAGCCCCCUGGGGGAGUGGGGGCUUCAAGGGCUCUUGCGGGUCCAACGGGAGACGGAUCCCAGCUACCAGGAGCGACAGGUUUGGGGGGCCCUUUAGGGGUUGCAGCUGAGGGAUGGGGUGGUUAUUCUCCUCAUGAGGGAGGAGAUGAUGGUUAUGGGGGACACUUGGGAGGCGUCGCCGGAGCCCGCAGACGCAGGAGGCAGCGAGACGGCGCCCCGCAUUUUGUGAAUUGUCGUCAAAGGCGCGGUGCGGAGGGAGAUGAGAGCGGGUCGGAUCCGUGGGAUACGUUCCGCAGCGGCCUACCGCUUGUUGCAGAGAAGGAUACGGCGUCAUCUUCCACUACAGGAGCUGCAAGAGGCGGCGGUUUUCCGUUGCGUCGUUUGUGCGCGUCUGAGCGCCGUUUGCUAGAAGUUGGUUCAAUAGCGCUGGAAUUGUUGCUCAAGGACCUCUUGCGGCUGUGUGGGGAGGAACUAGCUGGUGCUGCUGCUUGCUUCACCUUUCCCGUCUUCGCUGCCAUCCGCAGGGCCAUCUCCAGGACGCAGAAGGCUUCAGACCCUCUUCAGUUCCAGAGCUUGUUCAAAGCCUUCUCGAUAUGUGUGCGCUGCCAGAAGCUGCCAAGUCGGCUGGGUCCCAGGCAGCAGGCAGAGCUGCUCACUAAAGUUCUUGCUGCAGAAAGGGUGUACAAGAAGGAGCAGGAGCAGCAGCAGCAGGCCCAAGCAGCAUCUGCGGAUGCGACAGCGGACGCAAGCGCUGACUCUUCUGCUGCGUCGGCUGCAGGUGCCAGCACCGAAGCAAGCGAGCACACAACAGUUGUGCUUAACCCGGCAGAACAGAAUGAUGCAGUAGAGGCACGACCAACCACACCGGGAGUAGAAUCGUCAGGCGCUGUUGCUGCACAGCAAGCAACAGCAAGCGACGGGGGGCCGGCAGAUGCAACAACGGAUUCUGCCAGCGCUUAUGCAGCAGCCACGCCUGAUACGGCAGCUGUAACUGAUACAGCGACAGCGGACGCCGCCGUACCAGUAGUAGCUGGUCUAAAUGAAGCAUCGGCAGUUGAUGCAGCAUCUUCAGCCAUCGAUGUGGCAACAGCAAGAGCACCUGAUGCAGCGGUAGCAAUGGCGAUUGAUGCAGCUACUGGAGUAGCAGCAUCAAUUCAAGACGAAACAGGCGAUGCGCUGCGCGCUGCAGCAGUUGCAACUGAUGCUUCAACAGUGAUGGCGGUUGGCACAGUUGUCACGGAAAGCGAGGGCGUUGCUGAGAGCGGCGUCUACGUUGUAAAUUCGAGCCCUGUUGUUGUUUCAGUGGAUGCAGCUGUUGCUGAUGAUAUUGCAACUGCUGGAGAGUCCACUGUUGUUGCCGGGACGGUCGCAGAGGGCAUGUUUUCUUCUUCAUAUGUCUCCGGCGCUGUUUACAGUCCGCAUAGACUAGAAGCUGGGUCAGUGCCUCCAGAGGCAGCACUAGAUGACGGGGCGGCUCAACCACCGAAGGCAAAUAAUAGCGAACCUGAACUGGAAACGGCCGCAAGAAGAACCGAAACAAGUGACGACAGAAGUUCUGAAUAUGCAGCAGACGAUGGAACUUCAGCGUUGUCCACGGCGGCAUUUACACUAGCAGCAGGUGGAUGUGCCGCAUUGGCAGAACCUAGGGAAGCACUGAACUGCAUAGCAGCGACAGAAGUACCUGUUGCAGCACCCCUGGCAGAAGCAGUAUCUGAAUUCGAUGCAGUGCAAACGAAACUGCCUUCAGACAGGGUUGAAUCAUCUACGCUUUGCAGCAGGCAAGACAGCCUUGUGCUUGAAGAAGGUGCACAAGAUAGCCUUCCCAGAGGCUCGAGCGGCGCCCCUACAAAUGUUUUUUAG